AUGCAAUCAGAAAUGUCGGCUGAGAAUCUAACAGCUCCUUCCGCAGGUGGCAAGGACGCUGUUGAAAAUGGGAAUGGUAUCAAGCUCGAAGGCUCACCAACAAUUGAGCAAGAGCCACAGAUCCAUUCUAAUGGACAUGACAUGGCCGGAUCAGAUUUUUUGGCAGAGCCAGAGCAUGAGUCACAAUCGCGCGGACAAGUACUACCCAAACAACCGGAACUCAAGGUACAGCGCCACAGAAUCAAUGGGUACGUAGGGUUCGCGAAUUUGCCCAAGCAAUGGCACAGAAAGUCAAUCAGGCGCGGGUUCAGUCUGAACUUGUUGUGUGUAGGUCAAAGAGGUCUCGGAAAAUCGACCCUUAUCAACACGCUGUUCAACCAGUCGCUUUAUGAUCUGACUUCAACCGCAGUAGAUGGGCUGGCUACACUGAAGCUGGAAGAGACGGCCCAAAAUUCGCCGGACGGAGGCGAGGAGCCCUUGUCCCAGCAGGGCGAGCAAGACGAACAUGGAAAAACCGGUGUCAGCAUUAAGACGCUUUCAACUAAAAUUGAGGAGAACGGAGUGGCUCUUACGUUGAACGUUGUUGACGCGCCGGGAUUUGGUGACGCUAUCGACAACACCGACGCCUGGAAGCCAAUUGUGCGCGAGAUCGAUCACCGUUUCGACCAAUACCUGGACGCAGAGAAUAGACUGGACCGUGCUGUUAUUCGGGAUGAUAGAAUUCAUGCGUGCUUGUACUUCAUCGAGCCCACUGGCCAUUCGCUUACGGCUUUGGACCUUGAAUUUUGCAAGGCAGUUCACCAAAAAUGUAACCUCAUCCCAGUCAUUGCUAAAUCCGAUAUUCUCACUGAUGAGGAGAUCGAGAAGUUCAAGCUCACGAUCAGGGGCCAGUUCGAAGAAGAGGGAAUCACUUUGUUUGAGCCUCCACAAUAUGCACUAGACGAUAAGGAGGCUAUGGCACGCUCUACAGACCUGCACGCCAGAAUGCCAUUUGCGAUUGUCGGUUCCACGGCCGUGGUAGCCACCUCAGACGGAAGAAAUGUGAGAGGGCGUGCUUAUCCAUGGGGUGUUAUCGAGGUCGACAAUGAAGCCCAUUCUGAUUUCGUUCAUUUGCGCGAUUUGCUUGUUAAAGUUUACUUGAUGGAGUUGCGUGAAAAGACCGAGAAAGUGCUUUACGAGAAAUACAGAUCUGAGAAACUGAAUCUGUUAAACAUCAAGCAGGACAACUCCGUUUUCAAAGAGUACGACCCUGAACUCAAACAAAAGGAGGAAAAACAACUACACGAAGCAAAACUCGCAAAACUAGAGACGGAGAUGAAGGCCGUGUUUCAACAAAAAGUGAACGAGAAAGAGAAGAAGCUCCAGAAAUCUGAGGCCGAAUUAUUUGCAAGGCACAAGGAGAUGAAGGAGAAACUCACCAAACAGCUCAAGGCCCUGGAGGACAAAAAGCAUCAAUUGGAAAUGUCUUUGGCCAAUCAGUCUGCAAACUCUCCUGUGCAGACUAAAAAAAAGGGCUUUUUACGUUAA